AUGGCCGCCCGUGCUUUGAAUGCGGCGGAGAUCCGCCGCUUGGUAGAUGCCACUGUUGGGGAGCGACCUCUCCCUUUCGUCUACUUCCUGGACACCACGGAGCCGCCGGCUUGGCGGGCUACUGCUUUUCUGCUUCGACACCGUGCAGGAGGUUUCUUGGCCAUUCUACCAGCCGACGAUCAGGUUGCCGAACAGUUGGCAGUUCUCGCAGACGAGGGGUCACCUACUCCACUGCUGUACACCGAAGCGGACUUGCCUGCCGAGACCCCCAGGCGGCGGUCAGUCGGCCCGGUUGGAGCCUUCAUCGUGGACGCAUCCUGGGCCUCUCUGCACUUGUUCCGCCGAGCCACUUCUCGAGCUGCAGGCGCUCAACUGCUACCCACUGUGGCUAUGACAGGGCCAGAUGGCCAGGUGGUUCGUCCCAUCUCCGAGACAGCACAUCAGGCCGCCGACAUCUGGAUCCGAGGAGCUACUUCUGGCGAAGCCGCCCCACCAGCUGCCGAGCUAGCAGAGUACCUCACGGCCGAGAGCCAACUUGGAGAUGGGGAGGACGAGGCAGACGAAAGAGCUGCAGGUGCCGAAGGCGAGCAAGUGGUCGACCAGGUUUCCCAGCUACAAGCUCGCAUCCGCGAGCUCGAGCAAGCCAAUGCGCGACAUCCUGCUGUGGUUCCUCAGGAGCCAGCCCGACGUGGUGCCCGAGACCUCUUUCCCGAUCCCGGUCCUGGAGCUGCUUUGCCAACACUGGACGCCUCAGCCUGGGCCGCUCUUCGAGCUGCUGCCGGUGCUGCGCCACCACACCUUGCACGUCACGAGCGCGCCCCUCGAGCCGAGGCCUCCCAUGUCUCCGACAAUCUGCUUGCAGAGCUAGAGUUGGGAGCCACCGAAGACGCGCUUGGGUCGCCGCCUUCUACCAUGGCUCUGCACCGACUGUUGUUAGCUCAGACUCAGUUGCUCACUCAACUUGCCCAGUCAAAGGAGAAGGACCCGAUCAGCUCAGCCCUAUCUGGUGCAAAGGAGGACACAGGCCUCGGAGGGCGUGGUUCAGCCGCUCGAGACGCUUUCACCCGCCUCCUGACGGACGACCAGACUGUUGCCAACGCUAUCCGUCGUCUUGGUGCCGAGUCCCUAGGCCUGGACGUGGAGCAUCCCCCUUCGAAUUUGAUGAGGCAGUUCGCAGAGAAGAAGCUACCGUCAGCAGACCUCAAAUUGGUCACUUUGGUAGCUCGCAUGGCAGCUCAUGCUUGGCAGGUGGGUCGAGAGACGCAGAAUGUAGCGCUCGAAGCUUGGAUGUCCAGACUACUGCUGUUCCUGGAACAAACUGCUGUGGAGCAAGGUCGAACGCAGCUCUCGUGGCUAUUAACGGGGCUCCCAGAGCCCAAUUAUUCCGCUUUGGCCCGCCGCCGAAGCGGGGUACGACCAUUCGCUCAGCUAUGCCCAAGUACCUGGAUCACAGCAAAUGUAGCGUAUCUGAAAGAGAUGGAGUGGGUGCAGAAUCGCCUCACCGCGGGCCCAGCAACUUUCGACCCGGGGGCCUCCGACUCGAGAACCCCCUUCACCGGCGCCAAAGAGCAAAGAACGGACGAAGCAACGCCAGCUGGCGCCUAUGCCUGGACGUCAGCUCAGCACUCAGCUUUGGAGACCCUGGAGCGGUUGACCGCCCAUUUUGUCUCAGCCGAGCCAUUGUCCGUUGAGGGCCCGAAUGGCUUUAACGACUUGGUGGGUCAAUUAGUUUCCUCGCUGCAUGAGUCUUGGGGAUCUUACGCAGGCUCCGGGGUUAAAUGGACUUUGCCUCCUUCAUUUGACCCAGUGCCCUUCUUGAGCGAUCCUGUGGUCAAAGCCACGUACAUCGAACCCGACACAUUGCGGGCUGCGCCUGAUGAGUGGCCGAAGCUGCCUGCAGCAAGAGUGCAUGCUGAUCGUCACGAGUUGCUAGCCCUGGCUGCCAAAUGGGAUUCCUUCGAGGCCCUUCAGUUGAUUCCAGUGGGGCUCGUUGAUGAGCAUGAGGUCAAGCAUUUGAAGUGCUUCCAAAAUGCCCCCAGCAGUGAUUUCUACUUUUUAGCCCUAGGGGCUUUAGCAAUGGGAGACAGCAUGGCUGUGGAAUGCGCCCAACAGGCCCACUUUAAUGUCUUAAAUGAACUUGCGCACUGCAUGCUCCCCCAUGAACGGGUGUCCUACCGUUCUCCGCUUCCGCGAUCGCCAGUGUGGGAGUUCCUUGCAAUCGAUGAUCAUUUCACAGCCUCGGUGCUCUGCAAGAAGACCCAUUCUCUCAGCACGCCUGCCCGUGACACAGCCAUCUUCAGCGCUGCAGAGGUGGCCUACCAGACCGUCGGCCUUGUGCAACACCCUCGGAAACGUCAGAGGCACAAGGUCUACCCUCUUAGCCGCGCCUCAGUCAAUGAGCUCAUGGCAAUGUGCGUGUUGGCUCCCACCUUCGUUGCUGACCUUCGUGCCAAGUACGUGGACUCCCUCUUUGCCAUGGACGCGUCGCCCAACGGCGCGGGACUUGUUUCGGCUCCGCUGCCUCCAGGGGUGGCUUCUGAACUCUGGCGACAUUGCGAGCAACGGGGUCAUUACACCAAACUGCUUGGUCCUGCCUCUGCGCUCCUGGAAACCAUGGAUGUUGAUGCUGAACCUGUCUUCGGCGACCGUGCCACCGCCUCCGUGCCCAGUGUCUUUCCCUUGCACGCUUCGCUGCAAGAGGGCGUGCUCUUUGACUGCGUGGAACUUUUUGCUGGUUGCUCGAACUGGAGCUAUGCUCACUCCCAGGCGGGUCUCUCUGUGCAUCCAGGUGUUGAUGUGUCCGGGCGCGUCUUGCGCUUCAUGGAUGUUAGUUCCAACAAUGUGCUCCAUGAGCUUCUUAGCCUCGCGCUCCGGAAGGUGGUUCGCGAGUGGCAUGCUGCGCCGCCAUGUCUAACUUACGGCACGCUCAGGCGUCCGCGCCUCCGCUCUAAAAUCCAACCUGCGGGCUUCAACCCCAAGGAACCCCUAACCUAUGCCCAUAACCAAUUAGCCAUGCGCACAGCCUUUCUCAUGUCCGUGAUCGCCUCUCUUGGGGGCUUUUACAGCGUCGCGCAACCGGGCUCGAGUGUCAUGUUUUAUAUGCAGUGUUUUGUGAGGCUAGCGGUCUUGGGGUCGGUGUUAGUGAGGUUCUGUGCCUGCAGCUUUGGUGCGCCUUUCAAGAAGCCUCACCAGUGGCUCACAAACAAACCUUGGCUUCUUCAGUUGAGUGGCCCCUGCAACUGCGGUAAGGGUUCUAGGCAUUUCAUAGUCGAGGGCACUUUCACUGCUGCGCGUGUUGCCGAGUUCAGCAAGCUUUGCAGGCCAACUCCAGAGGCUGUGUUCGGCCGCACUCCUCGGGUUGGUGAAAGUGUCUCGGCCUUCUCUGCGAUGUAUCCCUUAUCACUGGUGCGCCGCAUGGCAUCAGGCAGCUUGCAGUCCAAGUUGGGCCAAGUCCCGGUCCUUCCUUUGUCCGCAAGACAUGCUACCCUUAACACCUUGACUUUAGGUGGUUUAGGUCCCUUGCCCCCUUGCGACCCUAGUGAAGGUUUAAAGCCAGAGCCACGUCCCUUCUAUGAAGAUCCCGAGUGGGUCGGUGAGCUAGCUGACAGCCUGGAGUUCAAGGAGCUCCUACGCUACCGUUUCGGGGGCGAGAAUCACAUCAACAUCUUGGAGACAAGGUCCUACAAGACUUGGCUGAAGUGGUGCUCCACUCGGCACCCCAAUAGUAGGCUUUUGGGUCUGAUCGAUAGCCGGGUGUUGCUAGGCGCCGCCUCGAAAGGCCGUUCUUCAAGCCCUGCACUUUGUCACAUCCUCCAGUCCGCACUCCCCUACGUGCUCGGAUCCGGUUUGUAUCCCGGGGGGUUGCAUGUGUACUCUGCGCACAAUCGGAGCGACGGGCCCUCUCGCAACACCAGUGUUGCUCCUCCGACGAAGGAGCGCCCGCUCUGGCUUGAAGCUUUAGCCAAAGGUGACACCUACUUGUUCGACUUGUGCCUUGCAGCCUCACACGUCCCCCGUGUCGCAGGCCGCUGGCUGCGUCUUCUUUUGCUUGUUGCUGGCGACAUCGAGAGGAAUCCAGGUCCUUCCAGCAGGCUCCGGCCAAGAGGCCCUCUCGACUUAGAGUCAGGCUUCGCGACCUCGACCAAGCACAAGAUGCGGAAGGCCCUUGAGGCAUUCGUGGUUUGGCUUGAGACUGAGAUGUGUCUUCAGUUCGCUGCUGUUAUGUCGGCGUCACAAUCUGCAGCGCUCGCUUUGCGUGCUUAUGGCUUGCAUCUGUAUUCGGCAGGAUACCCGAGGUAUCUCUAUGUGUAUGCCAUCACGGCAGUGCAGGAUCUUCAUCCCCAACACCGAAAUCAGCUAACGCCUGCGUGGCAAGUGGAUAAAAAAUGGCAAGCAGCGGAACCAGGCGAAUGUCGUCCGGUCAUCUCCCAGCCCAUAGUGCAAGCGGCAGUAACACUUGCCCUUUGCUGGGGCUGGAAUGACUGGGCUUGCCUGACUCUCAUUGGUUUCCUCUGCAUGUUGCAUCCCGCUGAAAUGAUCCCACUCACACGCCGGGAUCUAGUCCUUCCUUCCGAUGCCAUGUCUACAGAUAUGCUAGCCUACGUGCACCUGCGUAAUCCCAAAACGCAACGGUUCGCGCGCAGACAGCACUGCCGCUUGGAGGACCCCUUAACACUUCGAUUCUUGAUAUCUCAGUACGAGCAUCUCCCUUUGGAUGCCAAACUCUUCAGAGGCUCUAUGCACAUGUACAGGACUCAGUGGAACGCCAUCAUGCAGCGCCUGGGAGUGCCUCACACCCUUUCACAGAAGGGUGCCACCCCAGGCGUGCUCAGAGGGAGCGGUGCGACUUUCCUAUAUCUCGAGACCGAAGACAUUAGUCUUGUCGCAUGGAGAGGACGAUGGGCCAAAAUAAAAACAGUCGAGUUUUAUCUACAGGAGGUUGGUGCACAACUCCUUUUGCAGGAACUCCCACGUUGGGCGCGGGACCGCAUUAGCGUUCUACGUCGCUAUGCUCGACCGCUGCUCCUUCUGUCCAUAGCCUCAAAUCAAGCCCUCCUAGGCUUCUGGGCAGCCCUCACCCGGCAGGAUCCGCUUCGCGGCACGCUUCUUCUGGUCUUGGCCUUUGCCCCUCUCGCCGGAGUAAUGCACGCCCUCCGGAGGAACCUCGCAAAGAAGCGCCAGGUGUGGCUUUCAACCUCGGGAGGGCCAAGCCAGGUCUUCGAUGCCCUGGCAACCUUCGAGCUGGCGGACGCAAGUUGCCGACUGGCCUCGGAUCAGGACUUCAUCUACGCCGCCAUCCAAGAGUGGUACGGCAGCUUCGACGCUUUCACCGCGCAUGUGCGCGGGCCACUCCGUGACGAGCUGCUGGCCGACAACCUUCGCGCCUCCCUCCCCUGGCACCAUGCCGUGCUCAUCACGACCCCGUGGAUCAGCCUGGGGAUGGAUUUUCUGGCGGCCAUCGUAAGGGCAGGAGCUCCGGUUCAUGUUAUUCUCUCCUGGACCUUCAGCCAGAGCCUUGGACUCUUCGCCUUUUGGGGAGUCGCUUCUACACAGUUUGCCGUGCUACUUUGUGACCGGUGCCCGCUACAAACGAACACUUUCUGCUCCGUGGCAGUCUCCCUCUUGCUCUUUGUGCUGUAUCUCGUAGUGACCAUCGCUGGUCCUUACAGCCGCACAGCCUACCUUGACAAAAUCAGGGACGCAGGGCUUCGUGUUCUCCGUAUCUUCAUCAGCGCGACGGAGGCGGACUACAAGUACAGCGGCUCGCAGGCCGUGGAAGACAUCGAAACGAAGAAGGUGGGUUCCUAUGACGACCGCAUCCUCUCCUUGGUCGACGACUUGAUGCUCGAGGCUCACGAGCGUGGCAUCAAGCUGGACAUCGCCCUACAUGAUCGCUACUCUCUGGGCUGCUGGCGUACGGACGCCUAUGUCACAACUUAUGACCUUCCGAGCGGCUGCUGCAAGUGCAACGUAACCCUGAACCAAGUGGACCGGUUCUACACGGAGCCUGAAAUCCAGGUUGCCUUCGAUGCGCGCCUGGCGCACAUCUUACAGCACAAGAAUCCGCAUUUCGGCACCCCCUGGGGCCAGCUGCACCAGGUCGUCGCAUCUUUCGCUCCUCAAAACGAAGCCCAAGGCCACAACGAGUUCGUGGACAAAGGCUGGUGGUGCCGCCGGGCGCAGGUCAUGAAGGACAACAUGCACCCAGACAUACCGAUCUCUACAGGGGGCUCCAUCGGGCUGCUGGAUGCUCUGUAUCAGCAGCUCUACGUGUGUCCGCAGAUCGAUGUUGUCGACAUCCAUACCUACACCGACGAUGCCGACUAUGUCAGACGUGUGGGGCAGGUCUCGGUCACUUGGGCGAUGACGCAAAACAAGCGGGUGCGUCUCCAGGAGUUCGGGUCCAAGGGGAACGAUGCACACAAGGCCAAGACCAUGCUCCCGCUCAUCUACGCCGCGAUCGAGGUUGGCCUUCCAUUCAUGCCCUGGCAGCUAGUGCAUCCAGAGAGCACCACGGACUACGAGUUCUGGACACAAGGGGACUACUGGCGCGGGCUGUCGGCGCUAAGCCAGACUGCACACGACAACGUCACGGUGUUUUCGUGGCCGGAGCUGAACCUCUCCAGCAGCAGCAUGCAGCUCAAGCCUGACUGGCAGCUCUGCGUGGUCAACGCAGAGUGCGCUUCCGGCUGCUGCAGCAACGAGUUCAGCGACGACAAGAAGUACAAGUGCACUCCUGGAGGUAGCCAGUGCACAGGCAACCGGCUUGCAGACUGGGUCUGGUGCACUCAGAGCAGCGAGUGUGCCUGUGGUUGCUGCAGCAGUGAGUACAGCGACGACGGCCGGUACAAGUGCACGCCGGGCGGUGCACGAAGGCUCUGUGGCGUGGCAGUUGCAGGGAAUGACGAUCCCUGCUACGAAAACGGCAACUGCGCCAGUGGCUGCUGCUCCAGCGGGCGCUGCGUGGCCCGUGCGCCCCCGUUUCAAUGUGACAGGCUGCAACGGCGGCCCAACAACUGGAGGUGGCGCCGCCUCCGUCGCCGCCUGCGCCGCCACCGCCGUCGCCGUCGCCUCCAUCAUGCUAAUCCCAAGUAUCAGCUUGAAGAUCCGAUGCUGCUACUUCAGCUGAGCAGGCAACAGGCUGGCUUCGUGGAUGCUUCGCCCUCUUGGGCACAAGUGCAGGGGAAGUUGGCGCCAACUGCGCGCCGAAGUGCAGGCAACGAAUGUUGA